UACCCCUAGCCAAUAAGUUUCAACGAUGAAACUACAACCCUGUGCUUCAAAUUUAAGUUGUCAUACAAAAUUUUCGCACCAACGGCAGUAGCGAGUUGGUGUUUCUUUAAUUUUUUAGUUUUUUAAAGGUGGAAGUGCAGACAAUGCAGAAAUGAAUCAAGUUAUCCAGGAAAAGUUCAUACCGCAGCAGUUGCUGUAUUUCCUAGCCGGAAGGCGUUGCUGCCAGCAAUUUGCGUGCACAUAUCGUCCCAGCGAGCACGAGGCGUUCGUAACGCAUUCCCGGGCUUACGGCCUGCGCUCGCAGAUUGUGUUUAAUAAUGGCCAGAACUAUAUCAAGGUGUUCAAGCAGGCAUGUCGCCACUACAUGGAGCUGCCCAAGAACCUUACCCUAUCAUCGGCGAGCAUAAUGAACAUGUUUACUCUGCUGAGCCGAACUGCGCUUCUGAACAGGGAGGACCUGGAGCUGUCCGAUUUGGGGAGCCAGCAACCCACUUUGCGUACGAUUCAUCUGCCACUGCCAUUAAUCCGUCCGCAAACGGCCUACUUUAAGACUGAAGGCCAGCGUUUCUUCCUCCAGAGCUUUCCAGGACAGCACCACUGCGACGAGAUCCUGAAGCUGAUUUAUGCAAAUCGAGUAAUCGUCUUUGAUGCCGAUCGGUCGUGGGACAAAUCGGUGUUUUUGCCGCUAAUAAUCCUGGAUGAUUGUGGAAACAAAAAAUCGAGUGUUAGGAUCAUGGUCAUCGAGAAGGACAGCGUUGUGGCGCUGCACAACAGUCACCGCAUGGCCGCCAACUAUUUCGGCGAGGAAGUGGGCGAGUCUGUGGGCAUCCAACUGCCCCACUCCAACAUGGUUGGGUCCAAGACACAUAUUGUCUAUUCCACGGCUCAGUACUUUCUCCGUGCCAUCGCCACCCUGAAGUUUGACGACAUCAGCCACGUGGUGGUGAACGAUGUACACCUGCACGAUCCCUACACCGAUAUUUUGCUGAGCGAGUUGCGGGAUGUCUUGAACACCAAACCAAACCUGAGAGUGGUGCUGCUCUCCCAGACGGACAACUGCAAGAAGUUCACUGCGUUCUUUGGCGAAGGCGCCGAAGUGAAUAUGAAGCGUCAUCAGCCGUCGAGAACUCGCAUCGCCCAUUUGGAUGACAUACACAGCAGCAUUGCCUUGGCUGGGAUCCACAAGGGUCCGGAUAUAUACAAGGAAAUGCCGGAGAUUUUCCGUACCAAGAGCCAGCGCAACGAACAAAUGGACAAUUGUCUGCAGGCCUACGAGGAUCUAGGCACCGACGCCGCCAUCCGUCCAUUUUUGUAUGCCAUCAACUAUGAUUUGGUGCCGGUGAACUACCGCCAUUCGAUCAACGGGAAGACCGCUGCCCUUAUAGCCUCUGACCUAAACAAUGCCAAUCAUCUUCGUUUGCUGCUGUUCAUGGGCGCCGAUCCCUAUAUCGUGGACAUGCAGCAACAGAACGCCAUUUCCCUGGCCGCUUCCAAGGGAAACCAUGAAUGUAUAGAUGUCCUGAACAACUACAGCCUCCAUGGCUAUGUCGUCAAGAAUGCCAAGCCGGAGUUUGUGGACUACGAUCUCAUAAUUGACAUUAUGUAUUUGCUGCGCACCAAACCAGAGUUUACACCAGGGAACAUUCUCAUUAUUUUGCCCACUUACUAUCACAUCGUUAAGCUAAACUACAUGCUAUUGAGUCACUGCCUCACCGGAAACCUGCAGGAGUUGUCAAUUUUUCUACUCCACGAGAAUGUUAAGAUGGAGUACAUCGACUCAUUGGUUAAGACCCGAUGCCCCGACACCGUCAAGGUUGUCCUCACCACGGACAUAAUCGAAUCGCUGCCGCUGCAGGAGGUGCCCUUCAAGUACCUCAUAGAUACCGCCUGUCGGCUGAACACCGUCUAUGAUAGCAGCGUCUAUGGCGUCGACGAUCGCUACGAAUGGGUCUCCAAAGAUUGUCUGAUGCGCAGGGAGUUGAUUUUGGACAUAAAGGCUCCCGAUGCUCAGUGCUUUCGUUUGAUAUCCAAGGAAGCGUUUAAUGCGCUGCCCGAAACGAGCCAGCCACGUCUGCAGACCAUGCAGCUGGACAAGAUCUGCUUGGCCGUAAAGAUGCUGUCGCCGAACAUGAUUAUCAGUGAAUAUCUUAACUUUACCAUCUCUCCACCGCCACUGAUAAAUGUGCACCAUGCUGUGCAGUUCCUCAAAAUAGACGUUCUCGAUGAACUUGAGGAAGUCACCUGGCUGGGCUGUCGUUUGCAGGACAUUCCAUUGCCUUGCCAGCUCGGUCGCUUGUUGAUAUUUGGCAUCCUGCUGCAGUGCCUCGAUCCCAUACUGACCAUUGUCAGUUCGCUGACCACGGCGGAUCCUUUGGGGAUUCCUUUUAACGAGGACAUCGAUCACCUGUGGGACAGAUUCACCAUUUACAUACAGAACCGCAUCAAGAACGAACGCUCUCGGCUGGCCGACAAUCAGUUUUCUGACCACUUCAUCUUCCUGCGCCUGUUCCACGAGUGGCAGUGCAAGCUGAAGAACAAGAUGCCCCCGUUGUAUCUCACCGAUGAAUACGAUUUUGUGCUAAACGGUUUGAUGGAGCAGCUAAACUAUACACGCUACGAAAUUGUUAGUGCAUUGCGCUCCGCGAACCUGAUCCACGCUAAUGGUCAGUUGGGUAUGACGACUCUCAAUCAAAUGUCCGGAAAUUGGCAUAUUGUUAAGGCGGCGCUAACCGGCGGCAUGUAUCCCAAUAUAUGUGCCGUAGACCAGGGAAAUAAGUGCCUUAAGUCGGCCAUCUCCCCGAGUGUUCACCUUCACCCGAACACGGUGCUUCGUGACUUCCUGGAGCCUCUGAAAAUCUCGGCCCUUAACUUUCGCACACCCUGGAUUGUGUGCACCAGGCAUAAGGAUCACAUUGUAUAUGCCACAAUGGUGGUUCCCCUGGCAGUAGCUCUGUUUUCUGGACCUCCCCGUCUCCGGCUUUCACAAGUGUGCGAUAGCCAAUCUAAUGAUCGCAACGCUCAUAUGUUCAUCGACGAAUGGAUCUGGAUGAUCAUGCCCAAGCCCGUUGUCGAGUUGGUUAUGAAGACGCGUCAGUACUUCUUCAAAAUGUACUACGAGCUGCUGAAGAACUGCUGCGAUCAAGAGUUGUGGCGACGCGAAUCCGGCCCACCGGGCUCCAAUCAUGCAGCACUAACAGAUGCCAUAUCAAAGAUCUUUGAGAUCGAGGAAUCCUUCAUUGGCUUCUCCAAACCCCCGGCCAUCAACUACCGACCAAUAGCCACCUUGCCACCGGUGUACUUACUAACCGUCAAUUCUCACUUCAGUUGGAUACGUGAAGUCGACGAGAAUCGUCCCUUAUGCAAGAACCAGGAACAAUUUUACACCCACAUGGUUGAGAGACAGUUCUUCAUGCUCUAUACCGAGGAGGACAGCGAGGGCUUCUACAGUAAUACAAGCAGUUGCUUUAUUGAAAGCGUGCUCGGAAAGUUUGUCCGACCGAUCGAGACCCCCAUCAGACAUAUCUUUGUGAUUUUAUACAGGAAGAAUCCCGAUGUUAUGAUUAGCGUUAGCCGGGCCAAAACCAUAAACGGUGAAUUCACCCUCAAGGAAUAUUUUCGCAACUCGAUUCCGGUUUAUGAAAUUCUAGAUGCGUGCAUUUCGUUAAAGGUAAAUGUCCCUGUAUUCGACGGUCGGCUGAUGUCCUGUCUUAUUGACAAGCGUGUUGGAAAUCUCAUAAUGGAUCUAUUCGCCUUUCGUCACCAUUGGAUCCACAAACGCUAGGCACUAACUAGCCUUUAAUUCGUUAUCUUUUUUUUGUUUUAGCGCAACCAAAUCUCUUUUCUUUUUUCUUAAUGACAAUGACGAAUGAACUGAACCAUGAAGUAUUAUUAUGUUUAACUAAAUGUGAAUGCUGUAUGGAAUGCAUAUUAUUAUUUUUACUAAAUGUUUGUUUAGCAAGUGAAGAGACAAUAAAGAGA